GUAGCAGCGAGUGACUUGACGCCGCCGAGAGGCGGAAGACGUCCAUGCGGAAGAGCGGCUGGACGUUCAGCCGAUCUGCAGUGCAGCCUGGGAGCUGUCAAUCGUCUCGCUUUGUAUCUCUGCCACUGGAGGCGACUGAUGCGUUCGUUGCGCUUUAUUUACAAACAGCGGGGCAGCGGUAAGACAAGUGUGAUGCACAUAUGUGUGCAAGGUGUUCUACAAUAGCAAAAUAACCUCAAAGGAGAAUGAAUGCAGAGGAGCUGGAGCUGCUCAGUGACUCCAAGUACAGGAAUUAUGUGGCAGCAGUGGACAAAGCCCUCAAGAACUUUGAGUACUCCAGUGAAUGGGCAGAUCUUAUUUCUGCACUGGGUAAACUCAACAAGGUCUUGCAGAAUAAUGCAAAAUACCAAGUUGUUCCCAAGAAGCUGACAAUAGGGAAACGGCUGGCCCAGUGCCUCCAUCCUGCCCUCCCCAGCGGCGUCCACCGUAAGGCUCUGGAGACCUAUGAGAUCAUCUUCAAGAUAAUUGGCUCUAAGAGGCUGGCUAAGGACCUCUUCCUCUAUAGCUCUGGGCUCUUCCCAUUACUCUCCAAUGCUGCUAUGUCCGUAAAGCCUGUACUUUUGGGGCUCUAUGAGACCUACUACCUGCCCUUGGGCAAGACUCUGAAGCCAGGCUUACAGGGGCUGCUGACCGGGGUCCUUCCUGGUCUGGAGGAGGGAUCUGAGUACUACGAAAGAACCAACACGCUGUUGGAGAAGGUGGCUGCUGCCGUGGAGCAGUCAGCCUUCUACAGCGCUCUGUGGGGCAGCAUCCUGACCAGCCCAGCUGUGCGCCUCCCGGGGGUGUCUUUUGUUUUGCUGCACCUCAAUCGCAAGCUCUCCAUGGAGGACCAGCUCUAUGUCAUGGGCAAUGACAUUGAGCUCAUGGUGGAGGCAGUCAGUACCUCAGUCCAAGACUCUAGCGUUUUAGUGCAGAGGAGCACUUUGGACCUGAUCCUUUUCUGCUUCCCUUUCCACAUGAGCCAGGCUACUCGCCCUGACAUGAUCCGGAUCCUGUCAGCAGCUUUGCAUGUGGUUUUGAGAAGAGAUAUGUCCCUCAACCGCAGACUCUACGCCUGGCUGCUGGGAUUUGACAACAACGGUGUGAGAGUAGGGCCCCGAAGCACGCGCCAAAGCAACCCGGAGGAGCACGCCAGCCACUACUUCAACGCAUUCUCUAAGGACAUGCUGGUACAGGCAAUGGUAGGAAUCUUGCAGGGCAAGGCCAGAGGCGGGGAAGAGGAGAGCGUCCUUAUGCAUGACCUCAAACCUUUUCGCAUCCUUAUAAGUCUGCUGGACAAGCCAGAGCUUGGUCCUGCCAUCCUAGAGGAUGUUUUGAUCGAGGUGUAUCGUACUCUCCACACACAGUGCCGAACAGAGCUGAACCUCCAGAACCAGAGUUCAUUCAGCAAAGAUCACACACACCUCAGCAGUAAACUACGAGAAAACAAAAAGACGGCAGAACUUAUUAAAACGGCCAAUCUCCUCUUCAACUCCUUUGAGCCGUACUAUAUGUGGGACUACAUUGCUCGCUGGUUUGAGGAGUGCUGCAGGAGGACGGUGAACAGCAGCGCACACACGCAACGGCACUCUGGUGGCACGGAUCCUCCAGAGCUGUCAUUGGUGGAGUUCUGUCAGCUGGUCGAUUUCCUGCUGGACAUUGUUUCCCUGCCUACUAGAAGCAUGAGGGUAAUCUGCCAGGAGACAUACAUAGAGAUCCAGACCGAGCAUCUUCCUCAGCUGCUGUUGCGGAUGGUGGCAGCUCUGACCUGUCACCUGCAGGCUCUGGGCCUCGGAGAGCUCACCCACUGCCUUCGGCUCUGUUCGAAGAUCCUUAGUAAAGUGCAGCCCCCGCUGGUCUCUCCUUUGGCCCUGCCAUCAGGCUCCCAGGCUCAGGGCCUCUCCAACGCCACAGGAAACCCCUCAAACACAACAAGGGAAAAUAGCAGGGACAAAGAGGACCAGAGGGCCACCUCCACUACUCUGGAGUUACCUGACACUAGAGACGUAUUUGAGAAUGUAGGAAAUUCUCCCAGCAGUCGAUCCUCAGAAGGUGGCUUCACAGACUUUAUACAGUACCAAGGAGACGGCCAAGAGGAAACGGGUCAGACGCCUCACCUCCACCCGGUCAAAACAAGCUGUCGCUCAUCAGGGUCAUCACAAGCUAAACCUCUGGACAAACCAGUCAUGCAGUGCUGCCUGGAGCACUUCCAGCAAUUUCUCUCCCGCCUCAUAGUGUUGUAUAUCAGCCCUGGCCGAGUGGAGAAACCUGAGCUUAAACAGAACGAGCUCAUGCAUUCAGGGCCUCUGGUUUCAGAAGACCUUCAGCACAAUGGUCGUGUAGAGUCACAGUCAGGUUGUGGGUGGAUUCAGAGGGAGUGUGUGGCUGCCUUCACUGCUGCCUGCCAGCUCUUCCUAGAAUGCUCCAGUUUCCCUGUCUACAUUGCUGAGGGGAAUGUCAAGUCCUCACCCACACAGGAGGAGCAGUUUGACAGCGAGCAGGUGCGUCUGCCAGUGUGGCUGCAGAGUCUGAUGGAUGCAUGCUGCCUGGCCAGUGAUUUCAGUCUGCAAGGUGCAGCCAUCUCCCUGCUCAUGGACCUGGUGGGACUCGCGCAGUCAGUCGCCAUGGUGACCGCUGAGAGCGCGGCAUCUGGUGGCAGCUCUGAGUCUAACCAAACCAUGAGCCCCAGUCAGGGUCGUGUGGCUGUCAUCAUCAGACCACCACUCACUCAGGGAAUUCUAAAGCACAUUGCGGACCAGACGGAUUUUUUUAAGAGAGUGGCUCUAAUCCUGUGGAACCAGCUGAGUGAAGGAACACCUCAGCACCAUCAGCGCAGUGUAGAGCUCUUCUACCAGCUGCACAACUUGGUGCCUUCCUCCAGCAUCUGUGAGGACGUGAUCAGCCAGCAACUCAUGCACAGAGACAAGAGGAUUCGGUUGGAGGCUCAUGUAAAGUUCUCAGUGUUGUGGCAUUUAACACGAGAUUUGAACAUUACCAAGUCGUCUCCUUUUAGUCGCACGUUUGAUAGGUCUCUCUUCAUAAUGCUCGACAGCCUGAGCUUUUGGGAUCCGUGUACCAGUGCAGUUGGCCGUGCUUGGUUGAAUCAAGUUCUUCAGAGACAUGACAUUGCUCGUGUCCUGGAGCCUCUUCUCCUCCUCCUGCUUCACCCCAAGACGCAUAGAGUGUCCAUUCAAAGGGUCCAAGCUCAGCGGCACUGGGCCCAGGCUUUCCCCGACCCCCCUGAGCAAGAUCCAUUAGAACCGAGCUACACAAGAGAGUUUGGCUUUUCAGACAAUUUUACUCACAGCCAGGGGGAGAGGUUGACACAAGAGGAACUCCGAGGAUUGGGAAUGUCUGACAUGGAGCCAUUCUGUCUGACUGUCAACCCCUUAAGUGACAGUCUAUCUUUACUGAGCCUGAGCAGUGAAAAUUUGCAACUCACUGGUGAAUGUCAUCCUCCUGAUCAACAGGGGGAGCCCCAAAGCUCAGAGUCCAGUGGUUCUCAUUCAUCUACUUUGGAAAAUGGCAGCUUUGAGGAACAUGAAGGUGUAAACAGCACACUUAGUAGUUCAGACCAACAGCCAUGUUCCUCAGAUGACAUAUCUGAGCAUUCUAUUGAAGAGGUAGUGUCUGAUGUUAUAAAAGAGCUAAUAGACAGGGUUUUGAGUAGAGUAGAUGAUGGUCUUGUUGAAGUACCUCCUUCUCCUGAGAACUGGCCACAGACAGACACAGACAGUACAUCUUCAGAUACUUCUACUGGUCCCCAUCUUCAGUCUGGUCCUAUCCACCAGACGCUUCCAGAGAUGCUAGCUGGAGGGACGCUGGAGUUCCUCUCUGUCACACCAGCUAAUGUUUCCGCAGAGGAGCAGCACAAAGAAGGUAUCACUCGUCAUAGUUCAUCUCCUUCCAUUGUCACGUUGGCGGACAGUUUGGAACCAGCUGCACCGGACCAAAGUCUACAAGUGGACGACCCUCAGGCCCGUAAGCGUAGCCAUAGCAGCACCCAGCUCAGCCUUAAAGGGAAGAUCAUGGAGAAGCUAGCAGAUAAGUCUCCCGGGGCAAAACCCAAGCUCAAGAAGAGCAAAAGGAAAGAGGAGGAGAGACAGAGAAAGGCAGCGAAUCAAGCUGAGAAGCUGCCCCCCAGUAUUUUCUUUGGGGACAGUCUCGAUCUAGAGAACUGGUACAGCUGUGGUGAAGGAGAGGUUUCAGAGAUUGAGAGUGACAUUGGCUCUCCCAGCGGGGGCUGCAGUGAGACUGCCGGGGGUGUUAGUGUCACAGGACGCAGAUCAUCCUCUGCUCCUCCUCGUUUCAACAUCCAUCCCCUCUACCAGCACGUCCUCCUCUAUCUCCAGCUGUAUGACUCGUCCCGGGCUCUCCACGCCCUGUCAGCCAUCGCAGCCAUGCUGAGAGCUGCUCCCUCAGGGUUUGUAGGAGCCAUCUCCACCACCAGCAUCAACAACACCUACACUCCACAGCUGUCUUUGCUUCAGAACCUCCUGGCCCGGCACAGGGUCUCUGUUAUGGGCAAAGACUUCUACUGCCCCAUCCCCCAGGACUCACACUCUCACUCAUUUCGCAGUGCAAUGUACCUGGAGAUCAUUAUUUCCCUGUGUCUCUACUUCCUAAGAAGCUACUUUUCUGCCCAUGUGACAGCAAGCCCCCAGGACCUGGCAGGAAACCGGGCUAUGCAGCUGACCAGCGUGGAGGUUCUCACUCUCCUCUUCACUGAGCUGUCCAAAGUAACAGGUGGCUCAGCCAAAGGCUUCGCUAGUUUCAUCGGUGAUGUCCUCUCUAAGUGUAAAGUUCAGAAGGUUGUCCUUCAUUGCCUGCUUUCCUCCAUAUUCAGCGCCCAAAAGUGGCAUGAGCAGCGAGUGGCAGGGAUCAACGUGGCCACAGUGGAAGAGGGUUUGUCCGAGGACAGUGUGAUCAACCUGUCAGAAGACCAUAUAGACAGCUGCAGCGCCGUCCAGUCCCAGCUGCUGAGGCUGCUGCAGAGCUUAGUUGUACUUGAGCACAGGGUCCUGAUACCAGCGGACGAAGGCGGUGAAGGGGGGCCUGUGGGAGGAGGAGCAGGUGGUGGAGUGGCAGGAAGUGGGGUUGGAGCGGGGUUUGAAAUGCUGGGCGGGGAAGUGGAACAUGUAAACCCUCAGCAACCAAUGACAUCGCUGCAGUACCUCCACGGGCAGCCAAUCACAGCGCAGGGCAUGUUUCUGUGCGCAGUCAUCAGAGCGCUGCAUCAGCACCACGCGUGUAAGAUGCACCCCCAGUGGAUUGGACUUAUCACUGCAACCCUGCCAUACAUGGGGAGGGUGCUGAGGAGGGUGGUGGCUUCAGUCACCCUGCAGCUGUGCAGAAACCUCGACAAUCUUCUUCAGCAGUAUCGCUACGAGACUGGGAUAACAGACGCCAGACCACAGUGGAUGGCCCUCUGCAUCCCUCCUGACUUGAUACUGACAGUGUUGGAGGGGGUGACAGCCAUCAUCCAUUAUUGCCUGCUGGAUCCCACUUCCCAGUACCACCAGUUACAGGUGAGUGUUGACCAGAAGCACCUUGCUGAGGCUCGUUCAGGCAUCCUCUCCAUCCUCCAUACCAUCAUGUCUUCUGUCACCCUGCUAUGGAGCAUCCUUCACCAAGCUGACAACUCUGACAAACCAGCUGCUGCCUCUGCUUCUUCCACUUCCAACAUAAAUCUGGGCUCCACUAAGAACCUCCGCCAGCAAAUACUAGAGCUGCUGGGACCAAUUUCCAUGAACCAUGGUGCUCACUUCAUGGCAGCUAUUGCAUAUGUAUGGAAUGAGAGGAAGCAGGUCAAGACUCCUGUCAGAAAUAAGGUCAUCCCAUUAGCCAGUGAAGAGCAGCUCCUGCUGGUUGAGCUGGUUCGUUCAGUGAGCGCCAUGCGAACUGAAACAGUCAUGCAGACAGUCAAAGAGGUUCUAAAGCAGCCUCCUGCCAUCGCUAAAGACAAGAAACACCUGUCUUUGGAGGUCUGCAUGCUGCAGUUCUUCUAUGCCUACGUUCAGAGGAUCCCUGUGUCCAGUUUAGUUGACAGCUGGCCCUCUCUCCUGGCUUUGCUGAAGGACUCUGUGCAGUUAGGCCUGCCCGCCCCGGGACAGUUUCUUAUACUAGGAGUGCUGAAUGAGUUCAUUUUGAAGAACCCUAAUCUGGAGAGUAAGAAGGACCAGCGGGAGCUCCAGGAUGUGACCCAUAAGAUUGUGGAGGCCAUUGGAACAAUUGCAGGUUCUUCUUUGGAACAAACUACGUGGCUGAGGAGAAACCUUGAGGUUAAGGCUUCUCCUCAGAUAGUUGUAGACGGCACCAACUUGGAAGCGGAUGUAGAAGAUCUAAUGCUCACAGUAAUGGAGGCCUCCAGCUUCACUCCAUCAUUAUACAGUGUUCACGCCCUCACUCUCUUGGCUGAGGUGCUGGCUCACCUUCUGGACAUGGUGUUCUACAGCGACGAGAAGGAGAGGGUCAUCCCACUGCUGGUUAAUAUCAUGCACUAUGUGGUGCCCUACCUUCGCAACCACAGUGCUCACAACGCCCCCAGCUACCGGGCUUGCAUCCAGCUAUUAAGCAGCCUGAGUGGGUACCAGUACACGCGCCGCGCCUGGAAGAAGGAGGCUUUCGACCUCUUCAUGGACCACACCUUCUUCCAGAUGGACUCCUCCUGCGUCAGCCACUGGAGAGCCAUCAUUGACCACCUGAUGACCCAUGACAAGACCACAUUCAGAGACCUGAUGACCCGAGUGGCUGUAGCCCAAAGCAGUUCUCUGAGUCUGUUCACCAACAGAGAUGCUGAGCUGGAGCAGAGGGCCAUGCUGCUCAAGCGCCUGGCCUUCACCAUCUACAGCAGCGAAGUUGACCAGUAUCAGAAGUACCUGCCGGACAUCCAAGAGCGUCUGGUGGAGAGCCUGCGUCUGCCUCAGGUGCCCAUCCUUCAUGCUCAGGUCUUCCUGUUCUUCAGAGUGCUGCUUCUGCGUAUGUCACCUCAACACCUCACCUCACUCUGGCCCACCAUGAUCACUGAAUUGGUUCAGGUGUUUCUACUGAUGGAACAGGAGUUGACAGCAGAUGAAGAUAUGACAAGGACAUCAGGGCCGUCUGUAGCUGGACUGGAGACCACAUAUUCUGGAGGGAAUGGCUUUUCCACCUCGUACAACAGCCAGCGUUGGCUUAACCUCUACCUUUCUGCCUGCAAGCUCUUGGACUUGGCCUUAACCCUGCCCCCUGAGAGCCUGCCUCAGUUCCAGAUGUACCGCUGGGCCUUCAUCCCAGAGGCUUCAGAUGAUUCCGGUUUGGAAGUGAGACGUCAGGGGACUCAUCAGAGAGAAUUUAAGCCCUAUGUAGUUAGAUUGGUUAAACUACUGCGGAAACGAGCCAAGAAAAACCCAGAGGAGGAUUGUUCAACUCGAACCCUCACCUGGGAGCCGGGGCACCUGAUGCUCACCCUCUACGUGAUCCGCAGCAUGGAGCAGUUACUGCCCUUCUUCAACCUGCUCAGCCAGGUGUUCAGCAGCAAGGCCAGCAGCCGCUUGGGUCCAGCCUUCACUCACAACCCCACAGGCUCCUCCUUCCCCGGGCACAAGGAGGGCCACAAACUGGAGAGUCAGAAAGUGUUCUGGAGUCGAGCUCGGCAGAACAUUGAGGAGAUGGUGGAGAAGGAUUUUUUAGAGGGACUUAUCAAGACGUGAGGACAGUACAAUGAGAGGAACAGGAAGAUUAACACACAACUGAUCAACACUAGUGAAAACCUCACCCUGCACAGAAGAGCAGGGGAGACAUAUGGAGAAAUUGUUUGUACAUUUUUGUAUUUAUAAUUAUAAUUUUACUUUUCAGAAGCUAUUGUAUUUAAUUUUAGUUAUUUGUAUAUAUGGAACAGCUUUGAUGACUGACUUUUACCAUGUAAUGUAAGUCCUACGGGACAAAGUGAAGAUUCUAUGCCAUUCCAUAUUGGUGUGACUUAUUAAAUAAAGAUUUCUAAUGGGAGGGUUAAAUAAACUAUGUCAUCUUGA